GCCUCCAUGCUCUUCGUAUGACUAAAACCCCAAAUGCACCGCUCCUCCAUGAAGCUGUUUCAAAUCUCAGUCUGAUUUCGUUCCCGCAUUUUAUCAAACACUUGGUCUACGUCUGAAAGUAGGAUUAUGAGCUCUAUGCAAAUCUCCAUUUACAUACCCGAAAUUCUUCGUCAAUGACGGGAAUCGUUGCAUGCCUCAAACGGCAGCGUUUCAAUCAUCACGGAACAUCUUUACAUAACAUUUGCUCGGCUGAGAAAAUUAUAUGCAGGAAUUUCUUACUUAAAGACGGGAGUUUAAAGCAUGAUAAUUAUGUUUUGACAAAGUAUUUCCACCAGAAAUUUUUUUCCACUGGAUAUGCCAGUGUGCAUGGUGAAAGGCCAUCUGCAGAGUAUGCAAAGUUGAGAAAAGAGUCACUGGAAAGUAAAUUUGGACAUUUACUCGGGACUAGAUCGAAAAAUGUUUCUACUAUAUAUCAUUUUGGCCCAUUUUUCGCGUUAUAUAGAGCAGCUAUUAUUUCAUAUCAUGUGUUGAAGCUUGCCAUUUGGCGACUGUUUGUUCAUGACAUGAAAAAGCGUUCAGUUAAGUUUCGUGAAACUCUAAUCCGCUUGGGGCCCUUUUAUAUCAAGCUUGGACAAGCAUUGAGCACAAGACAUGAUAUAUUACCAACUGUGUACUGCCAAGAACUUGCAAAACUACAGGAUCAAAUUCCACCAUUUCCAACUAACAUUGCCUUAAGAUCCAUUGAAUCUGAGUUGGGAGUUCCUGUCUCACAAGCUUUUGCUGACAUCAGUAAGGAACCUAUAGCAGCAGCUUCAUUGGGACAAGUAUAUAAAGCUCAUCUGCAUUCCGGAGAGCUUGUAGCUGUCAAAGUUCAAAGGCCUGGUAUGACACAUCAGUUGACACUUGAUGCCUUAUUGUUUCACAUGAUUGGGGGCCAAUUAAAGCGGUUUGCCAAAGCUCGCAAGGAUCUGUUGGUGGCAGUGAAUGAGAUGGUGAGGCAUAUGUUUGAGGAAAUUGACUACAUUCUGGAGGGUCAAAAUGCCGAGCGCUUCGCUUCUCUCUAUGCUGACAACUAUAAUGAUGAAACUAGUUUGAAAGGCUCAGCUGGUACUACUAUUCGGCAUCAGAAAGCUAGCCAUAUUAAGGUUCCAAAAAUAUAUUGGAGGUAUACUCGUAAGGCAGUGCUAACUAUGGAAUGGAUUGAUGGCAUUAAACUUACCAAUGAAGAUCGCCUGAGGGAGGCCUGCCUCAACAGAAAAGAUCUAAUUGACCGGGGAUUGUACUGCUCUUUGAGGCAGUUGUUGCAGGUAGGUUUUUUCCAUGCGGAUCCUCAUCCAGGAAACCUUGUUGCCAUGGAAGAUGGAUCUCUUGCUUACUUUGACUUUGGGAUGAUGGGGGAUAUUCCACGCCACUAUCGAGUUGGACUAAUUAGGGUGCUUGUGCACUUUGUUAAUCGUGACUCCCUGGGUUUGGCAAGUGACUUUCUUUCUCUGGGCUUCAUUCCUGAAGGGGUUGAUAUCCAGUCUGUCUCAGAUGCCUUAAAAACAUCCUUUGGUGAUGGUAGCAGACAAUCCCAAGAUUUCCAGAGCAUAAUGGAGCAAUUAUAUGAUGUUAUGUAUGAUUUCAACUUCUCUCUUCCUCCGGAUUAUGCGCUGGUGAUAAGAGCCCUGGGAUCACUUGAAGGGACUGCAAAAGUGCUGGAUCCUGAUUUUAAAGUGGUUGAAAGUGCUUAUCCUUUUGUUAUUGGGAGGCUUUUGGCAGAUCCCAAUCCAGAUAUGAGGAGGAUAUUGAGGGAACUUCUCAUUCGGAAUGAUGGCUCAAUCAGGUGGAAUCGACUAGAGAAACUGAUUGUGGCAAUAUCUGAACAAGCGGCUGAGGCAGAUGGACUUGCCCCUGCACUUGAUGACAAAUCUGGACAUCCAAUGGGAUGGAAGUCAUUUGACAUGCGUGCUGUUGUGGCUGCCACUGAAGAUCUUUUCCAGUUUAUCCUGUCUGAUAAGGGCUCCAGGGUGCGUGUUUUUCUUGUGAGGGACCUUUUUCAAGCAUAUGAUGUUUUCUUGCAGGAUGAAGUUUUUGGUUGUCUUUGCGGAAAUCCACGGGCAAAGGAGCAAGCACCUGCUCAGGAACAUGCAAUGCUAGUGCGGGUGUUCAAUGGAUUAAAAUCUUUGCGACAUGCAAUGAAGUUGGCUCCAGAUGUAUGGGCAGCUAUGUUCAUUCGCUUAGCAGUUAAGCCUGAGCUUCAGAAUUUUUCUUUCGAUGUUAUUUCAGCUAUAAUCACUCAUUCUAGCAACAGAAUUCCAGAUCAUAUAUGGGUUUGUUUAUCUAGAUUACUCCAUAAGUUUACCAGCAAUGACAGCCCUAAAGCUUCAUAGUAUGUAUUUGAUUGUCAUAAUUCAGUUUUGCCUUUAUUUA